CACCAAUAUGCUUAGAAAACAAACUCAUGAGUUUGGUUCUGUGAUCUACAUAAGAUCCCAGAUCUUAUGUAUCUGUAGAUCUGCAAUGCACCUGUAUACGUGGCAUUUCAUGAAAUUGUGGCUGGCUCUUGGGAUCACUGUCUGACAAGAUUUGUAUUUUCCUGUGCAUUUUCAUGGGAAAAAUGGGAACUGUUUUGAAAAUGAGACAUUUUUCAGGUAGAUUUGGGUCUUGUUUUCCUAAUUGUAUUUCUGCAGAACUCAUGGUCAGUAAGGUAAUGGGAAUCUCAUAUAGAAGGAAAUAAAUUUUAAUAAUAUCCUGCACAGUGAAUUUCAGUGAAAUCCUGGACCUUUAAAAUUGAGUUCUGACUCAUCUCACACAUGAAAGCAUGAGACUGACAUUUUUGUGAUGGUGUUUUUUCACUGUGUGAUUAAGUUGUUAAGGUGUUAGAUAGCUGUUAGCUCCAUGGAUGUUUCUUCAGGAGAGAGAGCAAUAAAGUUUUGAGAUAUAAUCUUCUGUCUAUCACCUGCUUUCUCAAGGCAGAACAGUUUGCCAUCAGUUAGAAAUCCAAAGGCAAAAUUUGUGCUAUGCGGUCAUCAUCUUUUUUUUUUUUUUUUUUUUUUUUUUUAAAUAUGGCAUGUGACAGAAUAUUUCCCUAUUUAGCACCCAGAGCUUUCUCUUCAACCAGCCAGCCUUUGAAACUGAGAAGGAUUGAUCACUGUCCUCUCUUCAGAAGGACUUUAUUAUCAACAACACUCAUUAUACAGCUUCUGGUGGAAGGAAGAAAAGAAAGUAGCAUUUGCAAUGUUCUCUGGCUUCUUGCUUGUUCUUUCUCUCAUUCACGGUGCUUUGCAGCUGGCGGACACUGAAACAUUUUUAAUGUAUAAUAAAGUCAGCAAACUCUGUCUUCAGGCUUCUAUUGCACAGUCAGUUAGAACUGCAACUUGCCACCAAGACAAUGAAGCACAAAAAUUCAGGUGGAUUACUGAUCAUCAGCUCAUGAGUGUGAGACUGAACCUAUGCCUGGGUGUGCCACUGAAGGAAGAUGAGUCUCUUAUCACCCUAUAUCCGUGUAACCAAACAAGUGAGCUCCAGUGGUGGGAAUGCAGAAAUGAAAGCCUCCUUGCAAUUCAAGGAGAAGAUUUGUUUUUCAGUCCUGGCAAUGGAGAACAUGAUAAUGUUAUAUUAAAGAAAGGCCUUAGUCCAAAGAGUAACUGGAAGAUGUAUGGGGCCAUGGAUGUUUUAUGUUCCCAGAGAUAUGAAGAGACUUUUACACUGCUAGGAAAUGCUUUUGGGGCACCCUGUGUGUUCCCUUUCAUGUACAAGAAGCAGUGGUAUGCCGAGUGCACAGAUGCUGGCCGAUCAGAUGGCUGGCUCUGGUGUGCAACGACUGCAGACUAUGAUGCAGACCAGCGAUAUGGAUUUUGCCCAUUAAAAGAUAAAGAUACAACCUGGAUUACAGAUCUGUUAACAAAUGUCCGCUACCAAAUAAACUCUGAAUCUGCUCUCACUUGGCACCAAGCAAGGAAGAGCUGUCAACAACAAAAUGCAGAAUUAUUGAGUAUCACAGAUGUUCAUGAACAAACGUACUUUAAAGAAUUAACAGAAAGUACAGAUUCUAUGCUAUGGAUUGGGCUCAAUAGACUGGACUUGAAGAGUGGCUGGGAGUGGAUUGGAGGCAGCCCCUUCCAGUAUUUAAACUGGGCUCCAGGAAGUCCCUCUCCAGAAUCUGGAAAACUCUGUGUGGUUUUGAAUCCUGAAACAAAAGCUAAAUGGCAAAAUUGGGAAUGUGAUCAGAAACUUGGCUACAUUUGUAAAAAAAGAAAUGUUACCUUGGUACCCUCAGGUGAUACUGGGUUUAUUACUUGCCCAGAUGGAUGGGUACCUUAUGUAGAUCACUGUUACAAGAUCUUCAGGGAGACCAAAGAAUGGCAAGUAGCUUUGACCUCCUGUCAAAAGGAAGGGAGUCACCUGGCCAGCAUCCGAAGCCUUGAAGAGCACAGCUUUAUAGUGUCUGGGCUUGGGUACAAGCCGACAGACAAGCUUUGGAUUGGGCUGAAUGACCAUAAGGUUCAAAUGUAUUUUGAAUGGAGUGAUGGUACACCAGUGACAUACACAAAAUGGCACCUGGGAGAGCCAUCCAGCACCAGAAACAGACCAGAAGAUUGUGUACUGAUCAAGGGCCAGGAUGGCUACUGGGCAGACUACGUCUGUGAGAAGAAAGCUGGUUACAUUUGUAAAAGAAAACCUGCAUCACAAAUAGCUGGAGAAAAGGAAAGUACUGAUGUAGGUUGCAAAAAAGGCUGGAGACGAUAUGGGACCUACUGUUAUUUUAUUGGACAUGCACCAGCAACAUUUUCAGAAGCAAACAGCACUUGUGAAGGAGAAAAAGGUUACUUAGCCACAGUUGAAACUAGGUAUGAACAAGCCUAUUUGACUAGCCUUGUCGGGCUGAGGCCUGAGAAAUAUUUCUGGCUCGGUCUCUCUGACAUGGAGGACCAAGGCACCUUCAAGUGGACCAACGGUGAAGAUGUCUCCUUUGCACACUGGGAUGCAGGAAUGCCUGGAAAUAAGCCAGGAUGUGUUGCCAUGAGAACUGGAACUACAGCUGGAUUGUGGGAUGUUCUUGACUGUGAGACAAAGCAAAAAUAUAUCUGUAAACAGUGGGCAUAUGGUGCAACUGCCCCACCUAUUCCAACUACUGCUCCAGUACACACAUGUCCUGAAGGCUGGGUGUCAAGCAAAUAUAGUAGUUCCUGUUUUAAAAGCUUCUGCCGAUCACAUAUUAAAAAGAAAUCCUGGCUUGAAGCUCGAGAUUUUUGUAGACAAAUGGGAGGGGAUCUGGUGACCAUUAACUCUGAGGAGGAGAAACAAAUGUUAUCAAGAGCAAAACGUGACACUCACUGUUCAUUUGAAAAAGAUUGGAUUGGUAUGUUUUCCUUGAAUCCAGAUGAAGGAUUUGCCUGGAGUGAUGGCUCUCCAGUUAGGUACACAAUCUUGAAGGAUCAUUCAAGAGAUUCAGGAGGACGCAAGUUCUGUGGUGUGCUGGAUGGUGGGUCAUAUUUUAUGAAGUGGCUCCUUUCGGAAUGUGAAGCACUGCAUAACUGGGUUUGUCAAAUAAAAAAAGGAGUGGUGCUAAAACCUGAACCGACUGACACAUAUGAAUAUAAAACCACUGUGGAUGGAUGGGUCAUAUAUGAAGAUAAACUAUACUACAUCAGCAAAGAACAGGUCUCCAUGGAAAAAGCCCAAGAGUUUUGCAGGAUGAAUUCUGCAGACCUGGCUGUUAUUAGUAGUAAUAGUGAGAGAAGGUUCCUACAGAGAGCUCUGAAACAAAAUGAUCGUUACUGGAGUGAGUCAAGAGAAUACUUCAUUGGUUUAAAAGUGAGUCUGGAUAAAAAGUUUAGCUGGGUAGAUGGGACUCCAGUAACCUAUGUGGCCUGGGCUCCUAAUGAACCCAACUUUGCAAAUAAUGAGGAAAAUUGUGUGGUAAUGUCGUCAAAGCCAGGUUUGUGGAAUGAUGUAAACUGUGGUUCCUCCAAUAAAUUUGUAUGUGAAAAGCAUAAUAGCUCUAUUAAUUCAACGUUUGCUUCUCCAUUGCCUCCUGGAGGAUGUCCAGAAAGCUGGCUUCUCUUUAACAACACGUGUUUCAAAAUUUUUGCUUCCAAUAUAACAAGAAAACUUGUGUGGCAUGAUGCACGAGAUGUUUGUAUUAAUCUGGGAGGAAACCUGGCUACAGUACCAAAUGAGCAAGUGCAAGCUUUCCUCCACUAUCAUUUAAAGGAUGCUACAACUAAUGUUUGGAUUGGGAUGAAUGAUAUCAACAGAGAGUCCACAUUUCUUUGGACAGAUGGGAGCACUGUUUCCUAUACCAAUUGGGUUAGCGGUGCACCAGAAAAGGCACAAACCUACUUCAACUAUUAUGACUUUGACUGGUUGACAGACAACACUGUAGAGACUGAUUGUGUUUUCAUCAUACAGUCAGAUGGGAAAUGGCGAGAUGAUAGCUGUGAAAAUGAGAGAGGUUAUAUAUGCCAAAUGAAUUCACUUACCACGCAGUUUGAAGUACCAGCAACAAAUCCAUCCUCUGACUUUGCUCGUUAUGGUGACAGUAGCUAUUUAAUCAUCUCGUCUGAAAUGCAAUGGGAAGAGGCUAGAAAAAACUGUCAAGACAAACAUGCAGAACUUGCCAGCAUUUCAGAUGCCUACAUCCAUUCUUUCCUGUGGAUUCAGAUGUUGAAAUAUGGAAAGCCUGUAUGGAUUGGUCUUAACAGCAACAUGACUGGGAGCUAUUACAAAUGGAUUGAUAACUGGAAAACCAAAUUCACUAAGUGGGCAGCGGGGGAGCCAAAGGAGAAAAAUGCUUGUGUCUAUUUAGACCUUCAUGGUACCUGGAGAACAGCAUCCUGCAAUGAAAGCUACUUCUCAGUUUGCAAGAUAUCAGAUGUUGUAGCUCCUACUGACCCUGCUCAGCUGCCUGGAGACUGCCCUGAAUCAGCAGGCCUGCAAGCUUGGAUCCCUUACCAUGGCCACUGCUACUACAUCGAAGCGUCAGCUGCAACAAGCUGGGCCCUGGCUUCCCUUGAGUGCACUCAGUUCGGUGCUACCUUGGUUUCAGUAGAAAACGUGGAUGAAUCUGACUUUCUGAUUCAUAUGAUACAACCACUUGCAAACAAAGUGGGAGGCUUCUGGAUAGGACUUUACAGAAAUGUGGAUGACCAGUGGUUGUGGCUAGACAAUGCUGCAGUGGACUUUGUUAACUGGGAGGAGAAAGAGUCCAGUGUGGAGCACAACUGUGUGGAAAUGACUGCACCACUUGGUUACUGGGAUAACACUGAUUGCUCUUCUGAAAAAGGAUUUAUCUGCAAAAAAAACAAAGUUGAGCCAAGUGGAAGUCCCCUACAUGAGAAAGACAAGGAAAGGAAUGAAGAGAUUCAUCCACCUGUUCAUCUCUCUAUUUGGCCUCUCCUUGUCUUGGCUAUUCUCACUCUUCUUGGAGCUGGCAUGGCAAUCUACUUCUACAAGAAAAAAAAGACAAAAACAGCUAUCAAGAGAAACGGUCAAUGAAACACUUCUAAAAUUAUGGGUUUGGUCAUUAAGGAAUUGGUGAGAAUGGGUCCUGUGGCACACACUAAUUUAGAGGAGCAAGUUACAUGCUGAAAUUAUAUCUGUUGAAACUCUCCAGUGAGGACACCUGCAAUUUUAAAUCAAGCCCUCUGUCUCUUUUUGCAAUAGCAGACUUUUGUAUCAUGCAUAUUUUACAAAAUCAGAAUUAGUGAUUUAUGUUGUACUUUUGUAAGAGUCAAGAUGUUACUCUUAAGCAUCUUAGCAAAAACACCAGCGUGAAUAAAUUGUCAAGAAAAAAUGAACAUACUGAAAAAUAAAUAAAAGUAAACUACUGAGAAUAAAAGUUCAAUAAAAUAUGAUUAUUAUUUAGAACUGGAUUUCUAUUACUUUUUGAAUCUGAAAAGAACUCAAAAAAAAGGAAAAGCCCAACUGUGUUGAAAUAAUGAAAUCCUUUUGCCCCAUAAACUUUACUCCAGCUGUCCACCUGUUUUAUUGUUCCUUAUAGCUGUAUCCCCUUUAGUAUGAAAAUGGGGCUUGGGGCUUUGUAUACUUGUCUCAGAUAACUUUGGGAUGUAAAACUUUGCCAAUUUCAUUUUCUGCAAUGGAAAACAUUCCAUACCCCAUACCUCUCUCUCUUUCUCUUUCUCUCAAGCUCAGGCAUAGACUUUUUUUUUUUCUUUUCUUUAUUUUUGCUGUCUACUAAUAUGAUUGUUAACAGUAAUACAUUCAAUAAUGUGAAUUAAAAUAGUUUGACCUUUCCAAAGGGUUUAGCAUUGCAUUCCUCCUGACUGUUAAUGCUGUAGAAAAAAAAUACAGUUUUUAUCAGCAUAAUUUUCAGAGUCCUCUUAGCUUUACACUGUGCUGGUAGAUCCUGAGUGACAUACAGCACUGCUUCCCUGGAUGUAGGUGUCUCCUCUCUCACGUGUACAAUGCCCAGUUUCCCAGUACUUUCCUUUCCCAUGGACCUGACCUUGCCUUGCAGCCUCUCGUGCAUAUGUGAUGGCCGUUCUCAAUUUAGCUCGAUAGAGCCAACUUUUGUCUCCACUGAUCAUGUUAGGCACUGAUUGCCAAAGGCUGACUCUCAGAUGUGUCACAGUAUUAAACAGGAAAUGAAAAUAAACUGUAGAGUAUAAAAAAAUGGCAACACUUAGAAUAUCACUUCAGCUGAAUGUUGCUGAAUGUUACCAACAGGAAAAGCACCAGGACCAUCAGUAGGGCUAUUUGUUAGUCAUGUGGAUGCAGCAGGAAGCCACAGCCAAGGUGCUGAGUGCCAAUAUGACAGGUAUGGUUGCUCCCAAGCACCUUGGUGGCCAUUUGAAGGAAGGGGAAGGGAGGUGCUCCCAUCUGAGCAAUCACUUGUUAAUAAAAGGAGGGCUUCUCCCCCCACAUCUUUGAAUUCAGCUUGAGUAAACACCAACUUGCCAUUUUUAAAUGCAAGAAAAAGGAACUGAAAAUUGAGGAAUGCAGAAGAUUAUAUGAGGAAUCUGCAAGAAAACAAAGUUUAAGCCAUUAAACAGCAGAAGUCAGUACAAAAUAGAAUUUAGGUGAGCUGCAAAUACCAAUUAGACACUAACCACUUUGUGGGGAGUAGUGCUUAGCCAUAGCACUUACCAUUUUACACACAACUUGCCUUCUCUAGGCUGUGGAGAGCAAGCUGGAAAUUUAAAAGCAAUAAUAAUAAAAAGGAAUAAAUUUUCCUUUCUAGGCAAUGGAACCCAGUUUUCUUAGCAUAAAUAAAAUCAAGAGUUUAGCACACUGCUGACACCAGCCUCUGGCACAAGCACAAUGUGGCACGCGGAACAUUUCCCGAGGCGCUGGUAACAAGCAUCAGUUCCUCUGUUAACUUUUAGCCUGCCUCAGUGUCUGUACUGAACUUCCCCAGUCAUUCUGCAGUGUUGGGGAGCUGAACCCUUACAAGUAUCCAUGCAACUGAGGCAGGUUAAAGCCCACUUCGGACCAGAGUGCAGCUGGCACUUGCACUUUAUGAGGCAGAGGAGGGAACCAGUUGG